CUCCUUCCUAUUUUCUUCCUCCUUUCCCUGGAAGACCAGGUUGACGCCGGGUUAACGGUAAGCGAACGAACGGGUGGCCAUGGUUACCAUCGACGAGCACAUAACACCUUCGCCCGGGAUCGCCGACCAAUGACGGGCUGGUAACGCGUCGACUGCGUUCUCCGGUGAGACCUCGUGCAUUACUCUGGACGACCAAUGAGGCCUGCCUGCUUGCCUGCCUGCCCUGUCUUCGCCCUGCCGAGGCGAAGCCUCGAGGCCGAGGAUUUCGAUCGAAGCCCUUCGUGUCGCUCGGGACUCGUUACGAGCGGGCACCACCUAGAUCGCCCGCGCACUGACCGCACGACCGUCGCACGGAGCACAAGCCAAGCCGGUCGAUUAUGUGUCCGGUCUUCUGAGCCCCGCGAAGUGACGCCGUCAGAUCGGAUUGUUUGCGAUAAGCGUACUAAGAUCGAGAUAAUAAAUCGAUUCGACGGAUACAAGCGGAUACAGAGAGAGGCACCAUGGAGUCCUGCGGGAUGAAUGUCAUCAAGUACGUCCUCUUCAUCUUCAACCUGAUCUUCGCGAUAUCCGGUAUAGGUAUUAUCGCUGCUGGUGCGGUGGUGUUGGCGGAUGUCGGUGAUUUUACGCAUUUCAUGGAAGGCAGGAUAAUAGCUCCGCCUAUAGUGCUUAUAGUUGCGGGAUCUAUCGUUUUCAUCAUAGCUUUCCUGGGAUGUUACGGAGCGAUCAAAGAACAUUAUAAUAUGCUGAUUGCUUUUGCGACCGCGCUGCUUAUAAUCUUCGUGAUCGAGCUGGCGGUGGGAAUAGCGGCGGCGGUGUUCAAAAAUGAUUUCAGCAUGGCGAUGAAGGACACCCUGAAGGAAUCGAUGAGGAAUUACACGGAUGCCGACAAGAUGGCCUGGGACAAUGUGCAGCAAAAGUUACAAUGUUGCGGCGUGGAAGGGCCGAAUGAUUGGAACAUAAUUGGUUUCACGGGAAGAUUCCCAUCUUCCUGUUGCAGGCCGAAUAACCAGGUGGCAUGUCAGGUUGGUAGUCCGUCGGCGUACCCGGAUGGAUGCUUCAGCAAACUGGAAAUGCGAGUGCAGAAGUGCGCCACGGUCUUGAUCGGCGUGGGCAUUGGAAUAGCUUUCGUGGAGAUUGCCGGUAUCGUGCUCGCUUGUUGUCUCGCUGCGGCCAUAAAAAGAGAAAGCGAUAAAUAAAACGAGGUGUACUAAUUUCAUAUUACGUCAGCCUAAAGUGAAAGAUUCGCUGCUUUUUGGAAUUAAAAUUACAAUAAAUUUUCUAUUGGCUCAACACAGCAUUAAAAAUAAUUCAAUCAAAAUUCAUUGAUCGAGAAAUGAAUGUCGUUAAUUACUUUACUCAUUAAAUAUUUGCGAAUAUUUCCGUCCAUGAUGUUCCUCAUGCUCAUCUCACAGUAGCGAGAUAAUAAAUUCGAAUUCAGGCUUCGAUUAAUGUCCAAUAUAUUUGCAAUACAUAUAUUUUAUAAUAUAUCUCUACAUCGUGCUUCUGCUUUUAUAUACGUAGAUAAUGAUAAGUGUCCACUCCGAAGAAAUCUAGAAAUUUACCUCUAAAAUAAACGAACAUUACCUCCAUUUUUCCUGAUUUGUAUUGAAAUGAUGUAAAUUGAUGUUAGAUGAAAAGUGCUGAGAGCUAGUUUAUAAUUAUACUAUAUCCUAUAUCACACAACAAAUAAUAUAAAAUAAUGCAGAAUAAUCAUGAAUAUUGGUGUACUGUCGACAUUUAUGAUUAUAAUAUAUAUAUAUUGACG